AAUUGACUCUCUCUAUAAGGAGCAGGCUUUUAACCCUUGGGAUGGCGCACUUGGCGUGUUCGACUUCUGUAUCAUGCAGCAAGAACCUUUGCAACCCGUUGCCCUCUCGGAGUAUUACUUUGCCCUCAAGAGCGGCAAGAUUUCAGCAACAUGCAGCGGAUGCAACUAUUUUGAAGACACAAAGGCGAGGAUCAAGGUUCGGCAGAGUCUGCAGAGCUGCUGCAGUCCUGGAUGCCCCUGCUUCUCUUGACGUGACGAAGAUGGAACCCCUGGGUGACAGAAUCCUCGUUAAACCUCAGGAAGAGAAAUCGGUGACAGAGGGCGGACUCAUGUUGACCGGAGGCGCCACAAAAGCAAUCCAGGAUUCCUACAUUGGCAAGGUCCUGGCGAAGGGUUCAGAGGUGGACAUCGAGGUUAACGUGGGCGACACUGUCAUCUUCUCAAAGUACAAUACUACUGACGUGAAGGUGCCUGAUGGCGAGGUCAUGUUUGUGGCACAAAAAAGCGUUAUGGCUGUGUUGAGCUGAGCAUCAUGAACGCAUCUGCUUGACUCUUCUGUAAAUGUAUGUCAUACGUC